AUGGAGAAACGUAAUCAGCGAAAACGUCCUCAAACACCACAUCUCAGCUGCGAGCUCUGUCGCGAACGCAAGGUCAAGUGCGACAAGGUCGAUCCUUGCACCAACUGCGUGGCUGCUGGCGUAGUCUGCGUCCCGGUCCAUCGGCCACGUCUGCCACGAGGCGUCCAUGCGCGGCGUUCACGUAGAUCGCCUGUGCCAGCGUCUGCGUCUGCGCCUGCUGCGAAAUUGGUAGCUCCGAUGGAAAUGGAAAUUCAAACGGAUGCUUCGUCCGGUGCCACGGCUGCAGUUGACGACGACCUCAAGAAACGCAUCCAUCGGCUUGAGGCGCUGGUGAAUAGCAUGCGUUCAUCCACGACGAGCCCGUGUCCCGCGCCUGUCAGUCAGUCGGUUGUUAAUACUUCCCUUCCGGCUCCGACAACCUCAGUACCAUGCAGUCCGUCGGUUUCGACUAGCAUCCAGAAACAGACGCCCUUGACUCGGGGUCCUGAUUAUUACUCGGAUAAUUUAGCUGGGGAGGGCCUCCGCGGCGUGAUAGGAUCGACUGCAGAGCAGACAGAAGCAGAGGGUCCGCCGAUACUGAACACCUUGAAAAUGGACAUGAGUAACGGCAGCGAGCUCCGAGUCCUUGGCCUGAGUGCGAAUAACCUGGCACUCGACUGGACUCCCUGGUUCGAAGACAAAGACAUAUCAAGGCAGCUGUGUCAGGUUUACCUUGAACAAGUGGACCCUGUCAUUAAGAUCUUGCAUCGACCAUCUGUUGAGAAGUGGAUGAUACAGGGGGAACGGUACCUGGGUUUUCCGGAGAGACAUGUUGCCGUCGACGCGUUAGGGUCUGCUAUCUCUUACGCGGCUGCCGCUAGUUUAACAGAGAAUCAGUGUUGGGCGCGCUUUCACAUGGGAAAGUCGGGCAUCAUGGCAGAUUCUCGAAGAGCGUGUGAGGCUGCACUGGAGAGGAGCGGGUUGCUGGCCUCUCCUAAUAUUACCGUCCUGCAAGCAUUUGUACUGUAUCUCAUUGCCAGAAGAUCUGAAGACCGCAGCCAGGCCGCAUGGACGCUCACAGCAGUGGCUGUGAGACUAGCAAAGGCACUCGGUCUCCCCAUGGACCGAGACAAGACAGAGACAUUCUUCAGCCAACAGAUGCGCAGACGACUCUGGCUUACGAUCUGCCUGAUGGACCUAAAAGCCUCCUUCAGUCAGGCCUCCGAACCACUCAUCAGCAUCGAGGAGGCCACAUCCACAUUCUCCCCGCCCCAACAUAUCAACGACUCGGACUUUGAUCCAACCACCGCCCACGACGUCCCCGACAGAGAGGGACUGAGCGACACCACAUUCGCGCUGGUCUCGUACCACGUCCAGCUGGCGGGGAGGGCUCUCAAUUUUGGCGUCGCCGCAUCAGACCGAGACCAGAACAAGGAGUCUCGACAGCAACGCGCGCAGCAGUUCGAGCAGAAUGCGCUCCGUCUAUUGCACUUUUGCGACCCGGAGUCCUCGCCGUAUGCGUGGUUCACCUGGCACGGCACGCAAUGUCUCGUCUCCGGGGCACGACUGUCCGCAUUACGGCCGAUUCAGCGCCCACAGAAAGAAGACAACACAGAACUGCUCCGUCUGACCCUCAGUGUCCUGGAAAAGGCGCAACUGAUGCACUCUGAUCCCCGCGGUGAGGGGUUCCGCUGGUACGUGACGAUCCCGUGGCACGCGCUAGCGACCGCCAUCGCCGAGUGCUUCGUCUGUCCGGACGUGAGUCUAACGCAGCGUGCCUGGCCGAUCAUCGAGGCAUCGUAUCAGCUCCUGCACUGCGAAACUAGUGUUGGCGUUGCGGGUGAGGAUGAGGACGAGACUAUCCAGCGUCCGCUGGAGAAGAUGAUGUGCCGGACGAGGGAGAAACUGGGACCUCUUUUGCCGCAGGCAAGUCCGAGUCCGAUAUUAGGCCUAAGUAGCAUUAGCACGGUAUCAUCUGCCCCGCGUACGCCUUCUUCUCGUUCGAGCCUCGCACCGAGUGACGCACUAAGCAACUUGUCCUGGCCAACUGCUUUCUCCCAUUCUCAUUCUCAUUCACAUUCUCAUCUGGGUUCGGAUUUGGCCCCAACAUCUCCCGUACAGCCAUUGACCAAGAUGGAUCUGGAUCCGUUGUUGUUGCCAUUUGAUAUUGAUAGCCAGCCACUGCUCGAUGGCCAGAUACCCCCGGCGGACGUCGAGCAGUCGUGGCAGACGUGGGAGGAGCUGAUGUCGGAGAUUGGUCAUGAUGAGUCAGGAUCGAACAUGUUCCUUUGUUGA